GUUGUUCUUAUAAAAAGUAAAAACACAAGUUACCAUAGGGAACGAAAUCCCCAUCGGUAAACGGAACGGAUUGAGCCCUGCCCCGCGCCGAUACGAACGCCGUCCGCUGCCGCCUAUAUAACAUAACGUGAUCCCAGGGGAGGAGCAGACGCGGGCUCAGCCGAGAGCGAGGCGCACUGCUAGCUGCACACGAUCUGAGCUUGUCGAUUGGUCAUGGCCGUGCUCUUCUCUCCAGAGGAGGAAGAGAGGAGGGAGAGGGAGGAGACGGAGAGGAUGGUCAAGCUUUACGCGAUUGCAGCCAGGGAGCUGCAGAGGAACAGGGAGCUGGAAGCAGAGAACCUUUAUUUGCAAGAGCAGCUGAGAGAGAUUGAGCUCAGCAAGCAGCAGCACGCGGCUGACUUGCAGGACAAAAAUAGGCUUUCCCGAUUGUUGGAGCAUAAGAAUGCUUUCCUGGAAAGAGUUGCCCAACGUCGAGAAGCUGAGUUUAAUAGCCAAAAGAAAGAGAGGGAAGAAAGGAUUAAUCAGUUGAUUUCAAGAAAGCGUGCAAAGGAGACUCUGCUGAAAUUGAUGUAUUAUCUGUUUCCGGAGGAAGAGCGGAUCCAAAUGUUCCACGCAGUAGACGCUAGAAAACGUGAAGAGGAAGAGAGGCAGAAGCGGGAAGACGCGGAGAUGAGAGUAAAGCUCGAAGCACUUAAAGCUAAGCAGCUGCGGAAGUUAAUGGAGAUUGAAAAGAAGAAUAUUUGAAGCAUGGAUCCUGCUUUGCACCAUUUCGAAGUCAUGUUUGAUCUAUGAGCCACAGCACUCCCAUACAUAAACAUGAUGCUACUUGUUAUGGUAUUUUGGACAAUAUGUUGUUAGUAUUACUCAAGGGAAGGAUUCAUUGCAAGCGACUUCUGCUAUACUGAAAUCCAUGUAAAGGAUUUGAGCUCGUUGACUCUAAGCUUUUCUCUGAGCUCUUUCUUCAGUUUGUGUGUCGCCGUCGUGCGAUCAUCCUUGCGCCUUUGCUUUGUUCUGCCAA